CCUUUACCAAGCAGACGACCUUCCUCUUUCUACCUCUAAUUCUAUUGAUCACAUAAACACAUACAGUAGUACUACGUAGUAUAACAUAACCCCAAAUUUCAUUUCUCAACUUCUUCUUCCUCCUCCUCCUCCUCACUCAAACAAAGUUUUUUCUGUUUGAAAAAUGUCGAAGUUCACAUUUCAAACUGAAACCAAUUUAUGCUAUCUUUCUCACUGUACUAAUACUAAUAAUUAUCAGAGCUCAAUUUUUAACUCUUCAUUGAAGCACCGUCACUUGCGUAUGUUUCCUUCUCAACAUCGCUUGAGAUUCAGGGUUUCUUGCGGCAUCAAAGAGAAGGAAAAUGUUGCAGAAACUGAGAGGGUCAAGGAAGUACUUACUGGACUUCGAAUCGAUGAAUUGGACCAAACGGGUUCUAUAGCGGCAUCUGAGGAUCAAUUGGAAACUGGAAGUGGGGUUGAGAAAAUGGCUUUUGAUUGGAAUUGGCCGCCAUUGAAGAAUGUUCCUCAAAGAUACAAAAUCAUUGGCACCACAUCGUUGGCCUUUGUUAUCUGUAACAUGGAUAAGGUAAACUUGAGUAUCGCAAUAAUUCCAAUGUCACACCAGUUUGGGUGGAACUCAUCUGUUGCUGGAUUAGUGCAAUCGUCUUUCUUUUGGGGAUAUGCGUUAAGUCAGUUGCCUGGAGGGUGGCUUGCAAAGCUAUUUGGUGGAAGAAAAGUUCUUCAGAUUGGAGUCCUGACUUGGUCGCUGGCCACAGCUCUUGUUCCUUCUGUUGCAGGGUUUAUGCCUGGACUAGUUUUAUCAAGAAUUUUAGUUGGAAUAGGAGAAGGUGUUUCCCCUUCAGCUGCAACUGAUCUAAUUGCCAGGACAAUACCAUUGGAAGAGCGGUCACGGGCUGUAUCAUUUGUUUUUGGUGGUUUGAGUGUUGGAAGUGUCAUGGGGCUUCUUUUGGCUCCUCCCCUUAUCCAAAAUUUUGGUUGGGAAUCUGUAUUCUACAUAUUUGGCUUUUUUGGGAUAGCCUGGUUUUUGGGAUUUCAGUUUGUUAAAGAAGGACACCCUUCACUUGCCGCUGUAUCAUGGUCUCCAUCUGUCUCCAGGAAAGAGUCGUCGAAUACUUCUUUUGAAGAGUUGGGUGGCUCACUGAAGGAUAUACCAUGGAAGGCCUUUUUUCAAAGUCAGGCUGUACGGGCAAUGAUAUAUGCUCAUUUUUGUGGAAGUUGGGGUCACUAUACUUGUCUGUCUUGGCUCCCUACUUAUUUCAGUGAGGAGUUGAACCUUAAUUUGACAGAGGCUGCAUGGGUUUCUGUGCUUCCUCCGUUGGCUUCUAUUUUCAUGACCAGCAUUGCAGCACAAUUUGCGGAUAACUCAAUAGCCAAUGGAGUUGAAACCACUACGGGUUGCCCCCAUGGGAAAUUGUGGCGAUCCUCACUGGUGGUUUAGCACUCUCAAGCUUUGCCUUGUCAGGACUAUAUUGUACCCAUCAAGAUAUAUCGCCUGAAUAUGCAAGCAUACUUUUGGGAAUUACCAACACUGUUGGGGCAGUACCAGGAAUUGUAGGAGUUGCUCUCACUGGUUUUCUUCUUGAUUCAAC